GCAGGCACUGCGAAAGGUUUCGGUCUGGAGCCAAAAUAAUUUUGGUUUCAAAAAGAAUUUAAAUGUAUAUUUUAUACUAAACCAACAAAUGGAGAAAAAAACACGCAAACGUUUGGCCAGCACUGCUGAGAAAAUGGAACAUGGUGGAAAAUAUGCCUGCACGGCUGCUGGCAAAGCGAAGCCUUCUGGCCUGCUUCAAACCGAGGUUGUGCCAUUGCAAAAGUUUAGCUUCGAUCUAAGCACACUGCCCGCCGUGCCUCAGGUAAAUGGCUUCGAGCGUGGAUACACUGCUGAAGCGUUGUUGGACGUGUUCGAGAAUCAGGCCGGCGAACACUUGCUCUACGUAAAAUUCAAAAAUCUUCAAAUGCCCGAACUGGUGCCUCUGCAAAUAGCUGGGGAGCAUGUGCAGCAUCUGCUGCCGUCCUUCUACGAGGAAUACGUACAGCACUGGAACAAGCGGCAGCAGCAGCAGCAGCAGCAGCCACAGCCACAGCCGAUGCAGUACUAGAACAUAAAUAUGGCGAGGUGACCUUGUUAAAUCUCAUUUACGAGUGUGUACACAUAUACUUAGCAUUGCAAUAGAGAAACAAUUCAGCAGA